AUUCAUACCACUCAUCAAUCAACUCAUCACCAAGUAUAAGACUAGGAUGUCGCCUUUCCUGAGUCAAGUAUUCACGCCAAUUGUAGAGAGGAUCAUAUCCUGUAUUAACAGACCAAUGGAGCCUGAUGAUAAUGAAGAGUACAGGGAUAAGUUAAACCUUCACAAGUCCUAUUAUCUUUUUAUUAAUUCAAUCUGCAUCAAUGGAGUCACUGAAGUGAUUGCCUCUCAAAAUAUGGAGCAAGUUAAUAGUGUCCUUGGUUCUAUAGUGGAAGGAGCUUCAACCUCACCCGACUCAUCAGUUAAGAGGAUCUGCUUUAUGAGUUUAAAGAAGCUAGUGGAAGGCUGGAUAGGUGGUCAGAAUGUUUUAUUGGAUUAUCCUUCAACCAGUGGAUUCAUUGAUUACGUGUAUAAAGAGAUACUACCAAUCUGCUUCGUUGUACCUCUUCAACCAACCUUUGAUCUAAAUGAAGGACAAGCUUAUUUAUGUUUGGGUGAGAUUGUAUCAUUGUUGAAGGAGCUAGUCACACAGAGGGGUGAGGAAUUUCUUCUGUAUCUCCAGUCACAAUAUCUUCCGUCUCUCAUGAUACCAACUGACAUUGGACAGGAAAUGUCAGUGAGACUUCAGGAGAAUGACAUGAAGUCAUUAAAGAUUUAUUUUAAAUUUCGAAUAUAUUCACUAUCGUAAUAGUAUAGAGGCUAUUGUGAUAUGAUAGUAGUAUUGAAGCUAUCGUGAUAGUAAACCACAUGUUGACAUAUAGGCAUGCUCAGUACUACAACCACAUGUAGCAGGAUAGCAGCUGAUAUCUAGACAUAGCAUCUGAAGGGAUGGACCUUCUUCCUCUAGAAGGAAGCAAAAGCGACAUUUGGAAGCAUCUUGGCUUUCCAGCAAGAGAUGGGAAGUUCCUACAGCCUGUAUAUACAUGUACUACUUCCU